CUCUGGGCUGGUCCUGACGGGCUGGCUGGCUGCUGGGCUCCGGGCGGAUGUCUGUGUGCGUCAGACGGCGGAGGGGGAUAACUACCAUCAACACUCAGCGUCUCCAAAGGAAAACGCUUAGAGGAGACGCGGGGCGCUAAAAAAGAAAUCUGACUUACCUAACGCUGGCAUCUGGAAAAGCACCGACAAGAGAAGGGAGACGAUCCUCCCACAUUCAGCCCCACACCCCGUCGCGAACCCGCCCUGUCUUUUUCCUGUCGACCACUUCGUGCCAUCCCUCCGGUCCGACCACCCCAUAGGAAACCCCUGUUAGACCAGCGUUGCUAUUAAGCGAUGGGCUUUGAAUCUGGAAAGAAAUCCUCCCUGCGCUUUUGAUAGACAGCACAACCAGUGCUUUUCAUUUUCAGGCUAUGGAUUCGGGUGUUUACACUUUUUGACGGGUUUCCAGCUGUAACAUAACAUGCGCAACAUCACCCUGUCAUUCCUUAGAUCGGCUGUAAUUUAAACAACCGGCUGUCUUAUACGCCGAGUUUGAGCUUUUAUGUGAUUUAUUUCUUCAAGCUUGAAAACCACCCCGACAAUGGUCUUAGAACAGACCGCCUCAUUGAACACUUGGUAAUACUCUCUGAAGACCUGUCAUCCGGAUAUUUCGAUUCCAGUGGGAAGAAACGCCACAACUGACAAGGAGUUUGGUCCUGUAAAGACUUGGGAAGUUCUUGCUCCGUAGGGAGACGUGGAUUGGACCGGGGACAUCUCGGCCACAUCCACGGGGUUUUUACUGUAAAGUCUCCCUUUGACAACAAACCGCAGGCGCGACCCGCCCUCCUCGUUCGGCUGCUCCCUCCCUCCUGGCACCUUCUCUGCCUUCUGCCUGGAAUUCCUCCGUGUCUGAAAGCUCUGGCUGGAGGCCAUCGUUGGGAGGUCAGCGGGUUGCAGCCAUGCUUUCACUGGACGAGCCCCUGGACCUGAAACUCCCUCGGCGGGUAAACGGGAAGGACAGGGGAGCACAGUCUCCUCACCACAAGCAGGUUCGCCAGCUGCAUAUGACGGACGAUGGGACAGCAAUUAUAGAACCGGCUUCACCUGCAUCUCCACACUCAGGUGUGCAGGUGGUCCCUCAUGACCGGACUGACACCCCGACCCCCCCUGCGGUGGACCUGAGUAUGUCUCCCUCCUCCCGGCACACCCCCAGCUCUCCAGAAAUGAGCAACAGUGGUUACCUCCCCUCAGGCAAUUCUCACCUCUCACAGGCGUUUCAGUUCUUUGUGCCAAUUGGUCCUGGAGCAGGACUGCACCUGCCAUCCUCUAUGUUCCUUGGCCAAACGAGCGACAAGAGGGCUUCUCCUGACCUUUCAGCAGAUGAACAACUGGCAUGUCACUGGAAAAAGUGCCACCUGCUCUUUGACUCCCUGCAAGACCUAGUGGACCAUGUCAACGACUUCCAUGUGAAACCUGAGAAGGAUUCUGGGUACUGCUGCCACUGGGAGGGCUGUGCUCGCAAAGGAAGGGGGUUUAAUGCCAGAUACAAAAUGCUUAUUCACAUACGCACUCACACCAAUGAGAAACCACACCGCUGUCCCACCUGCAACAAGAGCUUUUCACGCCUGGAGAACCUCAAGAUACACAACCGCUCACAUACAGGUGAAAAGCCCUACAUUUGUCCUUAUGAGGGCUGCAACAAGCGGUACUCCAACUCCAGUGACCGCUUUAAGCAUACACGCACACAUUAUGUAGACAAGCCCUACUACUGCAAGAUGGUAGGCUGUUUGAAGCGCUACACAGAUCCCAGCUCGUUGCGAAAGCACAUCAAAGCGCAUGGCCACUUUGUGGCUCAGGAGCAGGGCUCCCCAGGUGGGGUGGGCUCUCUGCUGAAGGGAAGUCAAAGUGGAGGGCCUGCCACCGUUAGCAGUAAGGAUUCAGAAUUGCCCUAUGUCAGCGGAGCUCACAUCAUCAUUCCCGCAGCAGCUGCCGCUCUUCUGAGAGGCCACGCCUUGCAGGGUGUUGGCGGUGCCCUUCCCUUGUCCCCUCUCAGCCCGAGGCCCUUGGACCUUACCACACUGGGGAGCCCCAAUUCUUCUCCAGCCAGCCUAGGAGGCACAUCCAUUUUGUCCUUUAACAGCUCCCCUCUGGGCCUGGCCAAGGCUCCUUUACUCUCCCCAGCCUUCCCUUCCUCGGCCCUUGGCCUACCAAUAGUUCCGGUGCUAGGCCCCACUUCGGAGCACAGGCCCCAGAGCCACCAGGCAAAAAGAGGCAGAGGAGAGGAAGCACAGAAUGAAAUGGCUGGGAGGGUCCUAAACCUCUCCACAGGUGGGUCUCAUGAUCCCUUAUCCUGGGUGGUCAUCCCCCCAGGCGCUGUGGUGCUUAAACCAGCUGUGGUUAACUGAUAUAUACAGACCCUCACGCCCACACACACAUUCCAGAAGAGCUCAGGGGGUUGAUGCCAUAGCAAGGGUAUGGGAUGUCAAAGGUGACGGGGAUUGGCUUGACCAAUCAGUUCUAGGCAAUGCAUUAAAGUAGAAGGAUGAAAAAAGAAACUUGUCAAAGCAAACACAUCACCUCACAGAAUUUAAGAAUACAACGCAAGCCUCUUGUAUUGUUGGAUAACUACACUUGAGGCCCAAGAAAUGUGUUCAGGAAUAUGUAUGGUCCUGGAUUUGUAUCACAAGGCUCCUCUUUGCUUUCUUAUUUUAUACUUUACUCAUUCCGGCUGGUUCUGUGGACUGGGACCUUAAACGUGACAGUUUUAAUGCUCUGUGUUUUUACAUAAUUUCCUACUUCAUCAUUAGUAUUUAUAUAAUUGUACUUUGACAAAGCACCUCCAGCCUAGUGCUGAGAUACAGUGCCUUACAAAAGUAUUCACACCCCUUGAAGUUGUACACAUUUUGCCACAUUACAAGUACUUCAAUGGAUCCAACAGUUGAGAUUUCUACAAAGCAACUGUCUUGCUAAUGAAUAACUAAAUGUGUGGCAUGUAUUUGUAUUGAGCCCUGUUUACUUUGAUACCCCUAAAUAAAAUCCUGUGCAACAAAUACAUUAGUAUAAAUAAAGUGGUUCUGUAAAGGCCUCAUAGGUUUGUUGGAGAACAGUAGUAGACAAACAGGACCAUGAAGACCAAGGUCAGGGAUAAAGUUUAAAGCACAGUUUGGUCAUAAAACAAUAUCCCAAGCUUUGAAUGUCUCGUGGAGCACUGUUCAAUCCAUCAUUUCAAAAUGGAAAGAGUAUGGCAAAACUGCAAACCUACCAAAACAUGGCCUUCCAGCUAAACUUCCAGUCCGGGUAAGGAGAGCAUUGAUCAGAGAAGCAGCCAUAAGCACCAGGUGGGACAAUCUGUAGUCAAGUUUGCACUUCACCACAAGCCAUGAAAGGGACACAGCAAACAGGUAGAAGGUCAGAUGAGACAUAAAUUGAACUUUUUAACCUUCAUGUGAAAUGCUAUGUGUGGCUUAAACUGCACAUCACCUUGAACACACCUUUCACAAUAGGAAACAUGAUGGUGGAAGCAUCAUGCUGUGGGGAUACUUUUCUCCACUACAUGGAAGCUGGUCAAAGGUGAUGGGAAAAGAGGAGGCUGCUACUUAUAAUACAGGCAGUCGUUGAAGAAAACCAGUAAGAUCCUCUGAAAGACUUGAGACUGGGGAGGAAUUUGUUAGAAUGGCCCAGUCAAAGUCUAGACCUAAAUCCAUCUGAGAUCCUGUGACAAAUGUUAGAAGCUUUAAUGGGUUUGAAAGCUUUUGGCAAGGCACUGUACAAACACCACAAAGGAAGCACUCACAGGCAUGCAAGUAAUCGAAGGAUGUUAUAAAUGUUGUGAACAUAAAUCUGACAAACUUGCUGGACCAAAGCAAGUGAACUUAUUACGUCUUAUAUUAUUAAAGAAGACAUUUCAUUUAAACAGAGCGCUUAACAGCGUCAACUGGUUAUAGUGUUGCAACCUCAGAACUGCUGCUAAAUUAUCUGCUCCUGCUUCAUAAACUGGGAGAGAGCACUUUUGACAAUCUAUCCCCGGCUUUGGGGAGGGUGACGAACACGGACCAGACCGGUCCACCAGAAUUUGUGCCAGGCGUGCAAACAGACAAAUGGUGUUAAAUCACUUUGCAAUUACAAACCAUCACUUCCUCUUUUUUUCACAAGUGAAAUUUAAGGCACUGAUGUGUCUGACUCCCCCUUCUGGCAAGACGUGACACAACACCCCGACUUACUAAAGCCAGUACUGUUCAGCUCCUGGAUUGUCUAGCUGUUUUACUUUGAUUCAGUCAGCGCUCCAUAAGUUGUGUAUGAAAGACCCUCAGGGGUGAUAAACACUACAGUCUUGUCAUUUUAAGCUAAGAUGACCCCAAACCAGCUGUGAAAAACAGGUGGUGGGCCUAUCAACGUGAGAUUCGUCCCCAAUAAGCUUCAGCUGCGAAAAAAUACCAGGAAAGAGGGAAUGUUCACGUUGUUCCACAGCAGGAGGUGGGAUACACUCGGUGCUGCCUACAGCUGGACUGACUAGGAUGCCACUCUAUCCCAAACUGCCUAAUUUUAGUCUGUCCAAAGGGACAAGCAUAAUAACCAGGAAAAAAAACGUCUGGGACACAUUUCAUGGUUCGAUUAAGCAGUAAACAUGCACUUACUACAAACUACACAUUUUCUAAAAUGUUGUAUUUAAAAAAAAAGAAGCUCUUAUUUCAGUCCCCUGACAAAAUACAGCUUUUUGUUGGGUGUUUCAUCAGACUUGUGUUGUGUUGCUCAUGCAUCUAUAAUGUUGAAAGAGGAAGGCGAGCAGGAGAGGAUCCUUUCAACUCAACAGACUGACAACUCUCCUCGCUCUCGUCACUCCUCCGUCUCUUUCUUUCCUGAUGAUGUUGGCUGUUUUUGAGUAUAAUUUUACUUUUCAAAAUCUAGGAGCCUACGUUUUUAAUUUGAGAGCAAGAUUCCCGAUUUUCACUUUCAGAUGCUGUUCUGCUCUCUUGCGGAUGUCUGCUCUUUCACCGAAGAAAUCUUGCUUGCUUACAAAUAUGCUCUGCUGUUGCUCAAAAACUGUUUUUUAGUCAUAUUAGUCAGAUUUGAAGCCUCUUGCACAAAUAUCUUCUGCUCAAGCUUCCUCGGCUCACAUUUAAAACCUUAAUAAAAACUGUUACGUCAAAGUCAUGCCUGGCAUUCAAUUGGCUAAAACUGUUUCCGGGCCACCACUUCAUUCCAAGAGAGAACAAAGAAAAUCUAAGAGCUGGGAAGACACAUCUGAGAGCACAGGUUUCAUCCCUACAGACAAAGUUUUUAAAGCAAGAUGUGUACGAUUCAAACAGGAUCCGAAGAAAUGUGAGCAAGAGGCAUUAAAGCUGAACAAACAUAGUUUUGAGGGGCAGCAGAACAUAUGUGUAAGUAAGCAUGAUUUUAUUUUUUUGUGUGAGGGCAGUACAGUCAAACUGAGGAAUCCUGCUGCUAAAUGGAAAAUAAUAUGCUCUUAUUUGUUUGGCAGAAGAAUUCCCCCAUAGCUAUUUUAUUUGUCCACUGUCUUGUCUCGAGGGCAAUUUAUUUACCUGUUACUGUUUCAUAUUUUUGCUAUUAUUAUUAUUAUUAUUUUUGUUUUUGCAGUUGUUCAGACGAAACAUUUUCGUUGUGAUGUUGAAGUUGCUUCUUGUGUUCUGCUAUGGCUGCUCUGCAAUCAGAUUUCUGCUGCCGGGGAUGAGUCUUUGAAGGGAUUGAAGUCAGGGAGAGAUUUUGGAUGGUUUUCCACAGCUGCAGUUACCAACCUGAGGCCAGCACUUCAAACGGAUGAUUAGAUCAUUUAGAAGCAACAAAAAGUUGAAUAUUUGUCAUUUUUUCAUUAGAAAAAUGUGGGCAAUUUUGUUUCACUUAGCUCUAAAUUUUAAACACGUUGAUCUUUAGUUCUUAAUUUUGAGCUGCAAAAACACUACAAAUGCAGGGUGAACAUUUGCAGUGUUAUUUUGAAUAAUGUAGCAAUAUAAGAUGUUCAAAAAUAUUUAUAAGAAAUUAUAUUUUGCUUAUAGUUUUCCAAAUAAGUGCACAGUUUUACAAGGGAAUUAUUUAUUCAAUUAAUGGUAUAAAUAUGUAAUAUUUUUGAAUAGCAUUCCAAAACAAAAUUGUUAACUUUUAAUCAGAAAAAAGGACCAGUUUACAAAGUAACAUCCACCUGUGAAGUGACUGGCAGCACUGGAAGAGCUUGUAUAAGAUUAUGGACAGGGGAGCGAUUAGGACAGAGGCUGCAUGCCAGCAGAGGAAAAGAAGCAACUUACAGCCGUCCUGUGCUGCUGCUCUCCAUCUGGCCACCCACCCACCAAACGGCCCCCUCAGUUCUGAAGUCACAGGCUGUGCUGGGCCCACUGUGGCAGCCUCUCAGAAAUACCAGCCUGCUGAAAACUAGGCCACUGAACUGUUCCUGCCCCCUCUCUCUCUUCUUUCCCUCGCCCCAUCUUCUUUAGUGAAACGCAAGGCUCUAUUCAAACCUCCUGGUUACAAAAUGUUUACAAAAGACCUCCAAAAUACAUCAAGAAGGAUUAUUCUCACAUUAGAGCAGAAAUAUAAUAAUAAUAUAAGCCUUUGAGGUUGUUUUGUCAGAAGGUUAAAGCAGAGAUGAAAUGGAAUGGAAGGCUGUUAUACCAUAUAAUCAAGCUGCACCACGACUAAUCACUGUUGCACACAUUUGUACUCUGUAUUUAUCUUAAUUGGCUACUUUCUUGCUGGUAAGAAUCAAAAUAAGAGAUAACAGAAAAAUUUAUACUAGCAAAAGCUCUCAAAGAUUGAUCAUCUAGAAGAGAAAGAAAGUUAAAAGGGAGCUUUAGUAAACAUUUUAGCAUUUAACGUUUUAUCCUGAUAUGUUUUGCAGAUAUAAACAGUUCAAUUACUAAUGCAUAAAUCAUUUUUUGGAUUAUUCUCAUAUUCACAAUAUUUCAGAUGACUUAAAGUCAUUUUUCCAAGACUAAUGAUAUCACGCCAACUGCUUAAAGCAGAAAAAGCUCUCUUGUAGUUUAGAAAAGUGAAGAAAUCAGCCAGAGCCAUGGAAGACUGACAGCUUCUCUGAGGGAAAACACGUUUUAGCGGAUUUUAGCAGUUAAAGGUAUAUUCAUUUAUACUUGGAAGUCAAUCUUUUUGAUUUGAAGUCUUAUUUCUGAUUGGUAAUGUUGGAUUUUUCCAGUCUUAUCAGCACUGGUUUUAAGACUUGCAAACAAAUUGAAAUUGUUUACAUUUGUGGGAUUCAACACUAUAUUAGUCAAUUUUACAUGUCUACACUUUCAUGACAGACUGAAAAGUUAGUCAUUGUUUUUUAAGCCAAACAACAUAGGCGUUAUAAGAACUAGUACUUUAAAAAGCUUUGAGCUCCAGAUAUUCACAGGUAAUCACAAAAAUAAUGAGAUCUGAGACAAUUCUUACCAGAGACACCCAAGAAAUUGAAAAUAUCCUUUAUUGUCCCACAGUGGGGGAAUUCAGGUGUACUAUCAGCACCACAGUGAAAGGCAAAUGGAAGAUGGCAGAUUUACACAAAGAUAAAAAACAUAAACAAAAUACUGUACUGUCAUAAAAAUAGCAGACUAAAUGAAAUGUGCAGAGUAUGGUGAUUUUUAAAAUGUAUAAUUGUGCAUAAAAAUAUGAAUAUUUAAAUAGAGAAAUAGAAAAACUAUGCAAAAACAGCAGGGAUGUAAACCCUUACUGAGUUUGUUGGGAGCCGUGAUGUUGUAUCGCAGAUCCUGCUGGAAUCAAGGAUCUGCGAUAACAACACAUCUACAUACAGAUAUCUACGAUCUGCAUCACACACAGGAAAGGCGUAACCUGGAUAUCUUCAUUAGUGACAGAAGAAUAACAUUCUGGAUAUAUUAUAUACUUAUUUUGAUUAGAAAUAAUUAAAUUACCAAUAUGUGUGUUGAAGAGGCCGUCCAUUAUAUGAGAAACUUGCUUGCCAUAUUUUUAUUGCAUCUGCACAACAAAGCUCCUUUCUAAAAACACCACCUCCGCUCGCAGCAGUUCAUCACAAGCUACAGGUCAGUCAUUGAGAAUGAAUUGUCUGCUGUGAAUGGACAAACUUUGUAUGUACUGCCACUAGAAAGAGGCGUCCAGUAAGCCAGACAUGGUCUCCAUGACAACCGAUGCUGCUGUCCUCUGCUGACAGCAGCCAGGGACACAGACUCGGCGCCGGCAGCGGAAAUCUGAGCACGACACGGAUCCAAACAGGAUCCACACAUUUUCAAUAUUAAAUAAGCUGUAUGAUCCAUUAACCCUUUGAGCUCAGCCUGUAAUAAUCUGCACUUUCCACCCUAUUUUAGAGUGUAUACUUUGGGGAUGCUGUCACAAUACUUUCCGAUGUUUAAAGCUGUCUUUGUGUUGUUUUGGGAACCAGUUGCUAUAGUUUAAAAAAAAAAAGUAAGACUGAUUUAUUAUCAUUAAACAUGAUAACAGCGGUACAGGCUCCUGGAGUUUUUACAAAAUCCUAGGUCCAGGUCACAAAAGUGACCCACGUCAGAGGCGAACUUUGCUGGAAGUGCCACAGUGUUGCACAAAGGGUUAAUGAUAAGACUAAGGCCAUAGGAGGCCUGUUCAACUUACGUUUUUGCACAUUUGUGAGAUAUGUCAGUAUUUUAAUUUUUCCAAGUGCCUUUUUUAUUACAGGUAAAUACAGACGUUAUACACUAUAUGAGAAAAAAAGUUAUAUGAAAAUAUAUUUUUCCUGGCACCAUGUUCUGUUGGAGAACAUGCAGAAUUUUAAGAGUUGUAAAAGUCUCCAAUUGGUACAACAUAGCGGUGUUCUCCUGUUUUAGAGGAAUUUUAUUACGAUAUUGAUAAUAAUGUCAAUGAAAACAGAAAUGUUUAAUAAAGUUGCAUUUGAUAA